GUACACUUCGUUUCUGUUCUCUUCUGUUGUGUAUGUAGCAUAUGCGAUCCGGACACCUGGAGUGGCCUGCCCAUGAGUGCUUAUCGCUCCUGUCCGCAUGCUGCGUCCAGCGCUGUGUUUCCGUCCUGGCCCGCACUCGACCUGCCUCCGAGCUAGAGCUUCACUUGUAGCGCAUAUAUAAAGUGACCUUGUGCUCGCACCCGCCGCUUCCCCUUUCCCCUCUCAACCUCUUUUCCUUCUCCUCACUUCCUUGCCACGGACACAAUCCCAAUCCAUCCCACGUCGGUCGCCUCUCACGCCACCUUUCAAACCCCUCUGCCCCUUUCCACAAGCUACGUACAUCGCCUCUGCAAUCAUGACGACCUACACCGGCAAAUGCCACUGCGGCGAGACGCAAUGGGAGGUCACUCUCCAGCCCGAGCAGGCUUCUCACGUCCUGUGCCACUGCAACACCUGCAAGGCCUUGUCUGGCGGCGCCUUCACUCUCAACCAGAUUGUCCCCGCCGACGCCAUCAAGUUCACAAAGGGCGGUGACGCCCUCAAGAAGUACACCUACAAGGGCGACUCCGGCCACGACGUCAACUGCUACUUCUGCCCCACUUGCUCCGCCCACCCAUACCACCAGCAGACUGUCAUGCCGGACAAGAUCAUUCUGCGCACCGUCCUGCUCGACAAAGCCGCCGACUUCGACGCCGCCGCCGAAAUCUACGGCAAGGACAAGCUGAAGUGGGAGAAGGAGCAGGCCCCCGUCACUUUCCCCGUCCUGCCUCCGCAGUAGACUUCAGAUCCCCCAACUUUGCAGGUGCCAGUGGGGUUCUGCCGUUGCGGAAGCGGCUGGCCUGGAUCGGGCAACUGCUGAGUUUCGGCCACAAAAAGGAGUAUGUCCACUGAAUAUGCUGGGCGCUCGCGCGCCGUCCUAUGAAGAGAAAAAUAAAAAAAAAAUCGGGGCUUCGGAUACUUGAUUGGGUGGAGUGCAGAUUACAUGCAUGCGCUCUUGCAGGGUCGAGGUGGGAGCAUCCCUAGCUACGGUAGCACGGUAGUAUAAAGCCUCUCCCAAAAUGUCCAGUCUUUAAGCUAUCUGAA